UUGCGCUUUGCUAUUUUUUUUAAAGCGUUCGUUCUCACUAAAAAAAGAAUUUAAUAAAUUAGUAAGUUUACAUUAAAUCGUUAAAUAUUUUGCAUAGUAUGUGUUAUUAAAUAAAAUAUUCUUUUGUUUUAAAUAAAAUACACCACGAAGUACAAAAAAGUAAACAACUUGACUGCGAAAUAUAAUAAAGGCCAAAAAAGUAAACAACUUGAUUGCGUUUGUCAAAGUAAAUAAUUUUUCAAUAAAAAGAAUUAUAGAGAAAAAUUGCAUUACAUAUUUCGAGUGAUAUAAUCAAAGUUUGGCGCAAUCUUAAAGAUUAAAUAAUAAAAUCGCUGUUUAAAAUUAAUUUUAAAUAUUUAUCAUUCAGUUCUGUUAAGAAGGAGGGACGAAGGAAAAAGAAGGUACAACAAUAAAGAAAGAAGUGUUGACAAUUUGUAACACAAAUAUACAAAACCGCUUAAACUACGCUCAUCUAAGAAAAAUGCAAACCAAAAACAAGUCUUUGGAAUUUACCAGCAAACAAUCUAAUCAAUUAAAACAAUUGAGAGAUAUGGUUAAAUUGCAUAAACUGCAAGCAAAGUGUGAAGAGUUUAAAGGAGAACUAGAAAAUUUGAUAACUGAAAGAUCCGAGUGUCUGGGUAAGCGUGAAAAAUGUAUGGAACAUUUAACAUCACUGCAAGGAGAACUCAAGGUGGCUCGAAAUGAAGAAUAUAACUGGCAACAGAAACUAGACGCAGCUAAAAAUUCAUUUGUAGAUUAUAAAAAUGAUAAUUUACAAAGUAUCUGUGUUGUUUUGGGUUAUCAAAUUUCGAAAUGCCAACUACUCGAGAAUAAUGGUCUGCAAAUAAUGCUUUAUUAUCGAGAUGUUUGUUAUGUUACUUACAGCGAAACAGCUCAGUUGUUUGAUUUAGUAGAGAUUUUUCCACAACAUCCAAAAUUUCCACAAAUUCAACAAUUUUUACGAAACUCCCAAGAUUUAAAAGGUUUAUUGACUUGUUUGAGGAAAUUCUUUGAUUUUGCCAUCGAUUUUAAAGAAAAACAAGAACAAAAAUAAUUAUUUUUUAAUAUGAACAAAUUUUAUAUGUUAAAUUUUAAAUUGGAAAUAAAAUCCUUGAAACAGCUAGCAUUUUAA